GUUUGAUCAAUAAUAAACUUCAAACCCAACCCCGACCAGCCCAUUUUCACGAAACUUUUGCCACACAUUAGUAGGAGAGAGAACGGGUGAAGAAGAUACUAUGGCGACGGUGGGAACGGAGACGAGGCAACCCAGGAAACGACGUCGUAUAGUCUGGGACGUUGCCCCUACUGACAUUAUUCAGGAAUAUCAGCCAAUUGCUGAAAAUAAUUUAGUGGAAAGAUAUGUAACGCCGCCUACAAGACAAGAUGAUCGUGGAGGGCAUUAUGUUUUUUCUGUCGGCGAGAAUUUGACUCCAAGAUAUAAAAUUCUUAGCAAGAUGGGUGAAGGCACAUUUGGACGAGUUUUGGAAUGUCUGGACAACCAAACACAGGAACAUGUUGCAAUCAAAGUAGUUCGAAGCAAUUCAAGGUAUCGCGGUGCUGCAAUGAUUGAAAUUGAUGUGCUUCGUCAUCUUGCUGAACAUGAUAAAAUUGGAUCUCAUUGUGUUCAAAUAAGGAGUUGGUUUGACUAUCGUAAUCAUGUCUGCAUUGUGUUUGAGAAGCUUGGACCAAGUUUAUAUGAUAUCCUAAAGAGGAAUAAACACCGCCCUUUCCCUGUUGACCUCGUUCGAGAAUUUGGACGUCAGCUUUUGGAAUCUGUAUCAUAUAUGCAUGAGUUGAACUAUAUCCAUACAGAUCUGAAGCCAGAAAACAUACUUCUAGUCUCUUCUGAGUGUGUGAAGAUACCCAACUGGGAGAAAAUGCCUGCAGGCGAAAUGCAUUUUAGCUUCAUGCCAAAGUCAAGUGACAUUAAGCUUAUUGAUUUUGGUAGUACUGUAUAUGAUAAUCCAAAUCAUAGCUCCACUGUUUCCACCAGACAUUACAGAGCACCUGAAGUUAUCCUAGGUCUAGGCUGGAGCUAUCCAUGUGAUUUAUGGGGUGUUGGCUGUAUACUUGUUGAAAUUUGUUUUGGUAAAGCACUUUUUCAAACUCAUGAAAACCUAGAGCAUCUAGCGAUGAUGGAGAGGGUGUUAUAUCCUUUCCCGCAAUAUAUGAUACAAAAAGCCACCCGGGGUGCUGAUGUAUAUUUUAGACAAGGAUCUCGUCUGAACUGGCCUGAAGGAGCAGUAUCAAGGGAGAGCAUCAAAGCUGUACAGAAGCUUGAGCGUGUGAAGGAUCUCAUAUCUCGGCAUCUAAAUAGAUCGAUUUCUUGUGUCUUCAUUGACCUGCUGUACAAGCUGUUGAGAUUUGAUCCAUCAGAACGGCUUACUGCCAGAGCAGCACUUAAUCAUCCAUUUUUUAAGAAAGCUUAAACUUAAAAGGGCGUUUUUGUCUUGUGAGUUUGAAAGUCGCUAUUUGGGAAGCAUAAGCUUUAAGCUUUGAGGAUUCCCUUUGCAAUGUCUGCUUCAAGAUUAGAAUUGGCAGCUGCCUUAUGGAUACAAAUGUUUGUAGGCUGAGAAAUUUAACUGCAACAGUUGUGUAUAUAGAAGCACUGAAACAAAAUUACAUACUACGUAUAUGUGCAGAUUUUUAUUUAAUCAUUCCGAUUGUUUAGAAUACCUCUGAGGUAAAUCACGGUAAUGCUGCCUAAAAAAGUUAACACAAACAGCUAUGAGAGUAUGAGCAAUGUUACUUCCCAAACUGUUGAGAGUUGAAGGGAAUGCAACAAUUUAAUCAAUGGUAAUGCUAUAUGUAAACUUAAGGGCUACAAAUAAGCAUUAAAUAACUUUUCUUAUUUGGUA